UUCAUGCUCCGAAAAACCCAAGGCUUUUUCUUUUCUCUUCUGCUCUCUCUUCCUGUAAGAAACAGCCCUGAAACGAGCUAAGGAAAAAAGAAUACAUACAUGUAUAUGGAAAAAAAGCAGGAAUCAUAAUGCUGAAACAAAACAAUCAGGAAAAAAGAAAGCCAAGGGGCUUAUUUUUUUUGCAGUGGGGACAGCAGGUGGGAGCUUUCCAAGCCAGACAAAGGAAACCUGAGCAGGAAUUGUGGUGAAGGGACAAACCCAAGGCAAGAGGACCGUGCGGUCACCUCCUCCUCUGGAGCAGGCAGCUGGGACCGGGAUAGACAGACAUUUUGCAAGACUCAACACCUGGAGCAGUGCUAACCAGGUGGGGCAGCUCCGAUGUCUGCCAAGCUCUACGUCCUCAUCAGCUGGCCCGAUGGCAGCCGUGUGAUCAACAUCGAGAACAUCAAGGAGCCUCGGAAGCCGUUCCACCUCUAUGUGGUGGGCGAGCAGGUGUUGGCCCGCUGCCCUGGCUUUAGUGGGCUGUACUGGGGGAUUGUGGAGGGCAUAAGUGAGCAUAAAGACAUUUUAGAGAAAAGGCUGCUGGAAGAUAGACAGCUUCUGGAGAAGUUAAACUACUUGGCCCUGGCAGUGAAGAGGAAAUCAGAUGGCAUCUUGUCUCAGUGCCAGCAGCACAUCUGUCUGAACAGUCGUGAAGAACGAAAGCUGGAAACUUUGCAAGAGGCAGAUGACUCUGAGAGAGUUCAGAAAAAUUUUGUUCCUGGUGAAACGGAAAGGGCAGAGAAGAUUGAGCAGCUGGAGAGGAUUGUCUUGGACCUCCAACAGGAUGUCCUCGCUCUGAAGAAGAAGGUGCAGAGGCUGGAAUCCUUGUCCUUCCAGGAGGAACCUCACCGACAGCCAUGCGAGGUGGUGGAGCUCUUCAAUGGCUACACAAAGGAACAGCUCAAAGAGGCCAUCCGCUUUGACCAGAAAAUCAGCACAGCCUGCAAGACACUACUCUACAAGCUCUUCACAUCCGACUAUAUCCAGAGCCACUCCAUCACGGGGCGGAGGGGCAAUACUUUCCGAGAGGCAAAGCCCAUGAUGGAUGAACGAUGCAUCAAAAUCAUUCGGGUGCUGUUGAAACAGAAGUUUGGAGAUCACCUCAGUGACACAGUGAUCACAGAGAAGAUACAAAAUGUGCAGAAAGCCUUGAGGCAGAAAUUUAAGACAGAAUGUCUCUGAUGCUUGGAGGAUUUGGUGUCUCUGCUCCUACCGCCCUCUCCAGUGUACCUGAGCAGCCCUCCAAGAAAAAGGCGAGUCCAUACUGCUUCUGUUUUGUAGAUUCCUCCCAGGGAACCAGCCCAAGUGAACUGUGCAUUAAACAUAUCACAAACCUUUCACUGCCAACCCUCUGCCUGCAGUAACCCCGCAGGAAGCUUGUCCAGCUUCGCUAGAACUUUGCACAUCUUCUGGCACUAUACAAGUCAUGUCUCCUCUGGUCUGCAUGCAGAUCUCACUCUGGGAUCCGUGUGUUUGGUGAACGCAUUCGAACGGCUUGAGAGUUCCUGUUGGAUCCGAACAUAGGUUGGUAAGCCAGUCUGGUUCCACCUUUCCUUCUGAAACAUGAUUCUGCAGACAUCUUGGCAACCAGAGAGUAAAACUGGGAUACAGUCAGGGCUGAGACUCUAGGAAACUUGAGGUCCUCUCUUUUCUUUCCUCUUACGCACUACAGAAAGUCUAUAUUUCAGCUCCAACUCAAAUGGACCCUUUUCACUUAUGUGCAUUUUCUCCCCCGUCUGACGAUCCUGCUUAUGAACGAGGAGGGCAGGAGCGGUAAGGGAGAAUCACCCCUGAACAAGGAAAAGGUUGUCACCACAUUUUUCCCAGGUGGGGAAAAAUGAGGACUGAGACACGGAUGCUUCGCAGGACUCCCCUUGCAGUAGCUCAGGGAGAAAGAUCAGCUUUGGGUGAGCAGUGUGACCUCAAAGAGAGAAGUGACCUCCACCUGCAGAUGGACUUUGUGUCACUCAAUAUAGCUUCUCCCUGCAUGGCCAGGGCUGCCAGCUUCUGCCUGUGGGAAAAUAUUAGCUUCCUUUGCUCCCAGCGAAUGCAUUUUACAAUUUCCUGCAGUAACAGAAAGGCAGACUCAAUAAAACAGCUCAAUAAAACCUUCAGAGAAGGGAAGGCUGAUUAUUUCAUUUUUUUCCCCUCCUUUGUUUUAUAUUUAAUAUUUCUAAUGUAGCUGUAUAGAAGAGGUGUCUUCACUAAAAGAAAAUCUGCUGAACAAAAGAACAAGAAAUCUCCCAUGCAAAUUACAUUAUAUUAAUUUUUCUUUCAAAGCCAGAUUGUUUCCAUGCAGAAGUCCUAAAAUUAAUGAUGUAAGAGUAAGGAGGAACUUAAUUUGGUCCAUUACAGAUUCACCUCUCAUUUGAAGAUCAGAAAGAUUAUGAAUGUAGACACUAUAUUUUAAAUAUAGGAUUUCUAUCCCAGCUAAGAAACUCCAAGCACAAAUAGGAGUGUUGCCGUGUAAGAGCUGCACUAUGAAGAAGGACUAGAGAGACUUAUUUUUUCCUAAAUAUUUUAAAGCUGGAGUUUGAAUGGGUCAGAAUUGUUUUUACAAGUCACAUUAAAAGAGUAAUAUGCUGGCACCAAUAUACCUAACAG